AUGGACCCGUCAUCGUCAAGCUCGACAGUGCAACCCCAACCUCGGCCUGAGGCGGGCCCUCUCCCGACCAAGCGCGGGGAAAUCGGAUAUGACGAGUCAGCUCGGGCUGCUGAAAGCACGACCCCAAAUAAUGCCUCGCCAUUGCCAGAGCGACAUCCAGAAGAUAGAGAUGCAACAACUUCUGCGGUACCAAGCACGCCAACAUCGAAUCCUGCCGCUUCAGUCUCCACUUCCUCGCUGCCAAACAGCACAACGAAGAAGCCAAAGCGAAUUCUCGGGAUAUUCAGCCCACCCAAGAAGAUUCCCACUUAUGCUGGAUUGCGGGCCACUACGCUCGCCAUGGGCAUCUUCCAGUGCUUUCUCAUCGCGGCCACCAUUGUUGGAUGGUACUUUACUGCCUCUCGUGUUGGCCGCACGACCUCUGCUUCCGCGAGCCAGAGCAGCGACAGCCAACAACAAAUGCUCGGAGGUGCCUCAUCAGUCAUCUUCAUCCAUGUCGUUUUUGGUGUCGCAACACUCGUCCAACUGCUCUUUGUCGAACGGCGGGUAUUCAAACUGCGCGCCCAGAGAUACAGCCAUCUGCACCCAGGCGAAAUUCUGCCGUCGGCGCGGCGCCGACAAAUGGGCGAAUAUGGCAGUGAUCCAGUUCUGGCUUUGUCACCAUGGAAUAGGCCGCCAUUGCCAACCUAUGCUGCUGCCCUGGCUCAAAGUGGAGUCGGCACUGGGGAUGCUGAAGACCAUCUUAUCGCUGCCCCACCACCGCCUGCUUAUGGGAACACCCGCGGGAGUACCUUCCUGCUGUCGGGCUUUUUACGCGAAAGCCUCCGGGCCCAACGACCUACUUCUGCCCAUUCCACCGCGGCGAUGAGUCAGCGCACAAGUCGACCGCUCAGCUACAAAUCGGUCGACGAGAACUGGCUCGAAAUCCAAGACGCUGAUCGGGCCAGACAGCUGGAAGAGACACUUGCACGAUUGGAGGCACCCGCCCCAGCUGUUACGCGAUCUUAG